AUUUACAUAUACUUAUAUUAACUUAUAUACUCAUACAUAUGUAAGACUUUUAACAAACAAUAAGUAACUGUUGCUAGGUAUAUGUACAUUUGUACAUAGAUAAGCCUUAUAUACUUAAGUAAUUAGAAGUUUUCAGUAACGCUCUCGCCUAAUACUAUAUUCCCCCGGUGAAAAUCAUAUUUUUGUUGGUGCAAAGGUUAUUUUUUGUUUCUCGCGCUUUCUUGUCAUCAGCACUCUGGUUUGCAUCAUAAGCUACAGCCGAAUCAUAAAGCUGCCCUCGCGUUAGUUUCACUCUUCGGCAUAAUCACAUUUAUUGCUCACUUUGCUCCCUUUAGCCUCAAGUUAAAUUUGCCUGACUUCAUCAAAGGUACAACUCAUCUCUAAACUGCUCAAAUUAACUACAUACAUACAAAUGCAUGUAUAUGUAUACUUAAAAUUUUCUGUAUUAUCACAGCAUUUGUGAUAAAUGACAAUUUCGUUUUGCUUGUCGUCGGCAUUCUUUUUGUUGGUUUAGGAAAACAAGCUCUAGAAGUUACAGUUAAUGUCUUUUUGCUCUCUUCGAUUUCAUCGAUUGAGCUUUAUCAAAAUGGGAAAUGAAGAAGCAGCAAAGGUCAAUUAUGAAGCGAAAUAUAACAAACAUGAAGUCAAAGGUUGAAAAAGAAGGGGAUAAUGCUGAUUCUAUCACAUUAGAAUGUCGUCUCCAAAUACUAGAGUCUCAUUUUAAGCAGAUAAGCCACAUUCAGGGCCAAAUUGAAAAGAUUAGCCCUGAUGACAAUGCAAGAAGUGACAUCGAAGAGAGCUAUAUAGAAAUAAAAGGAAAGAUUAUGAGACUUUUGAAUAAAGGUCGUCGUCCAAGUCUAGCCCAAGCAAGUUUUGGGAAUGCCUCGACUAGUCAUUCGUUUACACAUCAAAGUCGCUUGCCUACCUUAAAAUUACCCAAGUUUGAUGCCAAAUAUGCCGAGUAUAAACGAUUUUCGCACACAUUCGCUAAUUUUGUCAAUGACGAUCCCACAAUUCCCACAAUAGAAAAGUUUAAUUAUUUAAUAAACUGUCUCUCAGGCCAAGCAUUGGCUAUUGUAGAACCAUUUCAAAUAACAGAGAACUACCCUAAAGCACUGGCGCGUUUAAAGGAACGUUAUGACAAUAAUGUACUCAUUUUCUUAGAUUACAUAUCUUCUUUGUUUGCUUUACAAGCAAUGCCUAAAGCCGAUGCCACUGCGUUACGUAUCAUAAUAGAUAAGGUAUCUGCUCUGCGUUCAUCUUUGCCCUCGUUGGGACCAGAAAUUGAUAUCCUUAACUCAAUCAUAAUUCAUAUAGUUCUAUCGAAGGUAGAUACUGGGUGAAAAAUAGUGUACGAAGAAAAGCAGGAACACAAUUCCGUUCCCACUUGGGAAGAGUGCUACGCCAUUCUUAACAGGCGUUGUCAGCUCUUAGAGAGCCGUGUCAAAACCCCAGAUUCGCGUGAGCCACAACGUGAUUACAAGGCAAAAUCUAAUGUAAAAAGACCUCAUACGUUUGUUAAUUCUAAGUUGAAUUGUAUUUUAUGUAGCGGUGCAGAACAUGCAAUAGGAAGUUGCUCUGCAUUUCUAGCGCUUCCAGUCAAUGAGCGUUUUGACUUUGUCAAACGUUCAGCAUUAUGUUUAAAUUGUUUGCGCAAAGGGCAUGCAGCUAUUAAAUGCCCAUCAAAGUAUAAAUGCCGCGUGUGCAAGGCAUGUCACCACACACAUUUACACAUUUUUUCUGUCGCUAAGCCGUCAGUAAAUCAAGUCGCUUCGGUGAAUCACACAACUGAUCACAAUGCAUCACAAGACU